AUGAAGAGCACCUGGAGGCAAGGAUGGACAGCUGUUAACAACCAGCAUAACAUCCCGAUUGUUGAUGUCGCAGUUAUCAAGCAGAUCAACGACACAGACGUAGUAUACGAUACUUUUACUCGUGGAUCCGAACUCGACGUCUGGAUCAAGAAUUCCGACGGUAGCAAGUAUGUCGGCCAAGUCUGUCCAGGAUACAGUGUCUUUCAGGACUGGUUCGCCGAGAACACGCAGCAGUGCUGGAUCGAAAUGCUGACGAACUGGAGCAGCCUCAAGAUUGAGUUCCCCGGCAUCUGA